GAUGGAGGAGCCACCGGGGAUGGAGGAGCCACCGGGGAUGGAGGAACCGCCGGGGAUGGAGGCGGAGGAGCCGCGGCGCUUCUCGGAGGAGCAGUUCCGUGCCGCCUGCCGGGAGCUGGACCAGCCGGCGCCGGGCGCGGAGGGGCCGUGGCAGCUGCUGGUGGAGACCAUGGGCGUGCGGAUCUACCGCCUGUUCCACGAGCAAUCAGGACUUUAUGAGUAUAAAAUCUUUGGUGGUCUUGCUGACUGUCCCCCAGAACUGUGUGCAGAUGUCUACAUGGACUUAGAUUUCAGAAAACAGUGGGAUCAGUAUGUUAAAGAACUGUAUGAGAAAACAUACGAUGGUGAAAAAGUAAUCUACUGGGAAGUGAAGUACCCUUUCCCUCUGUCAAACAGAGAUUAUGUCUACGUUCGGGAACGUCGGGAGAUGGAUGUGGAUGGGAGGAAGAUCUGGGUUGUGUUGGCUCAAAGUGUGUCUGUUCCUCAGUGCCCUGAAAAGCCCGGUAUUAUCAGAGUUAAAAGCUAUAAACAAAGCAUGGCAAUUGAAAGUGAUGGCAAGGCUGGAUCUAAAGUCUAUAUGUACUACUUUGAUAAUCCUGGUGGCAUGAUCCCAUCGUGGCUGGUCAACUGGGCUGCCAAGAGUGGUGUGCCUGCUUUCUUGAAGGAUAUACAAAAAGCUUGCCUUAAUUAUUCUAAGAGAAUAUAGCUCGAAAUUGAUCUUAAUUCUUCAAUUCCAAGAGCUCUGCACUUACAGGAGUGGCUGUUAUAUAUUACACUGGAUAAAAUCUACCUCUAAUAUUGGAAAGAAUUUUAUUUUAGUUGGGUUAUGCCUUGAGCUGUAUUAGAUUCUUUUUCCAUCUCCUAGCUGAGGAGCUGGGCACUGACAAGGUAACACCACCAUCAGCUGCAGCUUGGGCUUGCUUGCAUUUUUAAAUUUCAUGCUGAUCUAAAGACUGAAACUGUAAUUUUGGAUGGUAAUGCCCUAAAAGCUCAACUGAGCAGAAAAUCAAAUUUCCAGCACCUUUGUGGGAGGUGGGGCAGGGAGUGCAUAAAAGAUGAGAGGACCUCAAUCUCAGGGAUUUAAAAUAUACUGCAUUGUUCCUGAAUCUAAUCCUGUUUCUGGGUAAAUCUUGUAGUGGGGUAGCUUUGUCUUGUUAAAAACCAAAUGAUUGAAAUGAUUGCCUUUUUACUUUGUGUGAAUAUUUGCUUCCAAUAAAUCAUUAUUUUAUCCA